AUGGGUGAGGGAGGAGAGUCCGGUGAGAGCAGGGGAGAAGGUCCGAGGACAGCACACGGUGAGAAUGAACAUUUCAAGGAAAAUAAGGGGGAGAGCAUGGGGAGGGUUGCGCCAGGUGCUAUAGAGGAUUCGCGUAAGGGUAGUCAUAGUGGGAUUCAGAGGAUAUCUUUUCGCAAUAAGGUUAUUGGUUCUUCACAAGCAGCGGGACAACGCAGAGUAGAUGGGUUAGAAUGGGACGCCUUAGCAAUGGUAACGGAGAAUUAUAUGGCCUUGGUUCAUAAAAUGAAGGGGAUAUGGAGACUCAAGGGUAGCUACGAGGUUCUCGACGUGGGUUUUGGUUAUUUCCUAGUCAAGUUUGAUCACAACGAGGACAGAGAGAAGGUCCUGUUAGGAGGUCCAUGGUUGAUAUUAGGCCACUACAUCGCGGUUAAGCCGUGGUCGUCAGAUUUUAGACCAUGCGAAGACUCUUUUAGGGAUACGAUGGUCUGGGUAAGAAUUGCUGGAUUAAGCAUAUGGUACUAUCAUGAGAGAGCUAUGAUGCGAAUUGCUUCUGCUAUUGGUAAACCCAUAAAGAUUGAUUUAGCGACUAAAUCGGUAGAAAGAGGCAAAUUUGCUUGUGCCUGCGUUCAAGUGAAUCUUGGAUUACCGGUUGUUCGGAAGAUUAUUGUUGAUGGCUAUGAAUAUGAUGUGGAGUACGAAUGCCUGCAGUUGUUAUUUACGGAUUAUGUGGAGAAAGAUGAGGUUACAUUGCAUGGCAAGGAGGCUAAAAAUGGGCACGUGAUGGAGGAGGAAGGGUGGACUAAAGUGAUAGCUAAGGGAAAAGAAAAAUUGGUCUUUUCAAAAGUAGCCCAAAAUGGUUCAUUGGAAAAGAAGCACUUGGUUUCUACAAAGAAGAUUGGGUUAAGUUCAGGUAACGGCCCAGUCAUAAAGAAAGGAGAGAAGGCUUUGAUGGGCCAUGGGGCAAGUAUUAGGUCUUCCAAGUUCAGGAAGCACCAUGCUCCAACGCUUGGCAAAGGAAAAAAUCAGGGUGCCAAUCUCAUACCCGCUGUAGCGACCUUCAAUCCUAUAAUCAAGAACGGCCAUAAGAGGCUGAGAUCGGCAUCUCUCCAAAGCUCGCCGGUGCCGCUGAGCAAUGAUGGCGGAGUGGUGAGAGUUUUAGAUGCAGUUGAUCAGUGUAUUAGCCUUGAGAUUCAUAUGGGUGCUUUUUCUAGUUUUUGUAGUGUUGUGUAUGCUAAUCCUCAUGUUCAUCGGCGUAUGAGAUUGUGGAAUGAUUUGAUCAGGGUUUCUAAUAUGAUUCAAGGCCCUUGGAUUGUGCUAGGUGAUUUUAAUGAUAUUCUGAUGCAGAACGAGGUAGCAAAAAAAUUGGAUAGAGCGGUGAUCAAUCAAGAGUGGCGCCUUUUAUUCCCGGAGGCAUAUAAUGAGGUGUUAGCGCGUCUUCAUUCUGAUUAUUGCCCCUUGCUCAUUAGAUGCAAGAAGGAGGGGACCGCUAAGAAAGGUAACCGUCCUUUUCGAUUCCAGGCUGCUUGGUUAACCCACCCCCUCUUUCGGGAUGUUGUUCAUACAGCUUGGAGUAAAGGAGCCCCAGAUGUUAUUAAGAGUUUGCUUGAAGUCCAAAAGGAUGCGCUUAAUUUCAAUAAAGAGAUUUUUGGAAAUUUGUUUGUUAAAAAGAAGGAGCUUAAAAGACAACUAAAUGAUAUUCAAGUGUCUCUGAAAAGAUGGAAAAAUCCGGAGCAGCGGAUUAAAGAGCAAGGUUUGCAUGAGGAGCUGAACUCUAUCCUCCUCCAAGAAGAGCUAAUGUGGUACCAAAAAUCUAGAGAAAAAUGGAUUAGAUGUGGAGACCGAAAUACUAAAUUUUUUCAUCUUCAAACGAUAAUCAGGCGAAAAAGGAACAAGAUUCAUGGAUUGUUUCUUGAAGAUGGCACUUGGUCUUCUGAGGCGACGGUUUUGGAUUCGGAAACAAACUCUUUCUUUCAAAAACUUUUCUCUACAAGGGAGGCAGUUAAUUUGGAUGCCAUGGGGAAAUUCCCUUGUCCUUCUCUUAGUAGAGAGGCCUGCCAAAAGCUUGUUGAACCAGUAGCUCUCGAAGAGGUGAAAAGAGCUGUGUUCGGCAUGAAUUCUUUCAAGGCUCCGGGUCCAGAUGGAUUUCAAGCUCUCUUUUAUAAAGAAUUUUGGGAAUCUCUUAGCAGUGAUGUGUGGGGCUUAGUGAAGAAAGCCUUUGCAGGUGAGACCAUCAGUACGGCAGUGUUUGACACAUUCAUUGUUCUGAUCCCCAAAGUUGAAGCUCCGUCUUACCUGAAAGAUUUUCGUCCUAUUAGUUUAUGUAAUGUGAUUUACAAAAUUAUUACAAAAGUCCUUGUUAAUAGGUUUCGUCCUUUCCUUUCUGAGAUCAUUGGACCGCUUCAGGGUGGUUUUAUUCCAGGGAUAGGAACAAUGGAGAAUAUAAUAAUUGCGCAAGAAAUAAUGCAUUUCAUGAGGAAAACCAAGUCGAAGAAGGGUUCUAUGGCAUUUAAGAUUGAUCUUGAAAAAGCCUAUGACAGAGUAGAUUGGAGAUUCCUUGAAACUUCCUUGAUCAAAUUUGGUUUUUCUGUGGCUACUAUUAAUCUUAUCAUGGCUUGUGUGACUUCGUUCUCUUUGUCUAUUCUGUGGAAUGGUAAUAGGCUUCAAAACUUUAAACCCAUGAGGGGGCUGAGACAAGGGGAUCCCAUGUCCCCUUACCUUUUUGUGCUCUGUAUGGAGAAUCUUUCUUGUCUUAUAUCGCAUAAAGUCUCUCAAGGAUUCUGGAUCCCCGUAUCUGUUUCUAGACAUGGCCCAAAAAUCUCUCACUUGAUGUUUGCUGAUGAUCUCUUACUAUUCUGUAAAGCAACAAAAACUCAGGUGACAAAGGUUAUGAAGACACUGGAUAUAUUUACUCAAGCGUCGGGACUGAAGGUGAAUAUCCAUAAAUCUAAGGCUCAAUGUUCCAAGAAUGUUUCAACGAGAAGAAAAGAGGUGCUUUCAGGGAUCUCUAGUAUCCGAUUUUGUCAAGAUCUGGGAAGAUAUUUGGGAGUUAAUAUUGGUCAUGAUAGGGCUUCUAGGAAGAUGGCGCAGGAGGUCAUUGACAAGAUACAGAGAAAACUUGCUAGUUGA